UAACCGCCCUGUUGGUAAAAAUUACUAUAAACAAACAUCUAUACAAAUGCCAUAUAAGGGGAUUUUUUAAACGAAUAUUCCCAUGUGUGACGUAUGUCAUGUGUUAAAUGUUCAGACUCCUCGCACUAUUUAAAACAGGAACCUCCUUUUGGAAACACAUUCAAUAACAAUGGGAAAAGUAAGAAGCAAAAAGUCACGGAUUCAUUUAAAGGCAACAAAAGUUGCAACAAGCGACAAAGAAAUAGAACCAGAAGAAAGUAAUGAUUACAAUAACAAUGACAAGGAAGAAAUCUUACCAAACCUGGAGAACAAUCCUUUCUUUGGUUUAAAAAUCGACCCAGCACUUUUGACCAAACAAAGUCUACAAGAAAGUGAAAUAGAGAACAAUGAUGCAUCGGGUAAAACCAAGUUUUUGUCAAAAAAACGAGUGACCGAGAGUUUUGGAGAAACAGUGAAAACAAAGAAAGAAAAAAUGAAUCGAAGACGUGAAAUGUUCCUUCAAAAAUUGGAAGUCAAUCAAAGAAUUGCAAAGAAACAGAAACAAGCAAAGCAGAGAGCAAAAAAUCCAGUGGUUGGGGAUAUGCAUGGACUUAAACUUGCUCUAACCGAAAUACCAAAGUUAACAUCUGAAAUUCCAAUUGUCAUUGCUAAAACAAAGAAAAAGUCUCGUCGAAAACGCAAAAAAGAAUCUUCUUUGCAAAAAGUUGAGAAAGUUUCGUUAACAGACAAAGACAUGAGGCGUGUAAGAAGUAAACGAACCCAGAAACACAUGUUAAAUGAAAUCGCCAAAUUGCAAAGCAUGAUGAAAGACAAGUCAUAUCAAUCGAAUUCUAAAGAAAUAAUUUUGAAAAAUAUUAAACAGCAUUUAAUUGAAUAAAGUUACUUUAUUGUUUUUGCCAUAAAUUGUUGUGCGGAUGACUUUUUCAUCCAGUUUACUAGAAUAAAGUAGAUCGUUGGAAUUCGAGGUUA